AUGGUCAAUUCUCAUACAUGCAGUCUUCAAUACACGGCGGGACGGCACAAUGUCUGCAAAGUGAAUGGUACGACCUUCAUGAACUGCACUAUACCACCAGCAAAUGAAGCUAUUACCACUAGAAAUGAUGUAAUUACACUGGCCGCCCCUGGAAGGAAGUGGUACAUUUGUGGUGUAAACGACCAUUGUGCCAACUAUGGACAGAAGCUUGUCAUCACUAUAUUGGAAGAGUCGGCGUCUCCUGCACCGACCCCCUCCAACCCCACAAUACUAGCACCCAACUUUGCUCAUGGGAUCUCUGGGUCCAGUUAUCAACUUCUGGUGGCAACCAUGGUUGCUCUUGCCUUCCUAGCUGUUUGA